AUGGCGGUCAGUGUCGUGAGAUAUCUGCUUCUCGUCCCCCUGGCUCUGCUGCAGUACCACGAUGUAAGUGCGGAUACCAAAACGUUCAAGGAUCUGUUCAACAGUACAUCCUGCGCGAAGCCGCCCUACGAAUGUCCACAUCCACAAAUUGAAUUUUAUUUAUAUACAAGAGACACGCAAAAGAAACCAUUACGCUUAGACGUUCGAAGAUUCGAGUCCCUUCAUUAUUCCAGAUUUAACAAGUCGCAUCCUACAAAAAUCAUUAUUCAUGGUUUCGGCGGCGGAAGGAACUUAAUACCUAGUCCAGACAUUCGGAAAGCGUAUUUCACGCGAGGCAAUUACAAUAUUAUAAUCGUCGAUUACGGUACCUUGGUACGCGAGCCCUGUCUAUCGCAGAUACAAUGGGGUCCAGAUUUCUGUUCACGAUGUAUUGCUCAAUUGGUAAGGUACUUGAGGGAUCAUCCUCGGGGUACCAGGGUGGAGAAUAUACACGUGCUGGGAUACAGCGUGGGUGCGCAUAUAGCUGGCCUCAUCGCGAAUUAUUUGCCCGAUGACAGACUUGGAAGGAUAACAGGACUCGAUCCGACUAUAUUUUUCUACAUGAACGGAAACCGGUCGAUGGAUUUAGACGAAACGGAUGCGCAUUUUGUCGACGUGAUCCACACCGGUGCCGGUAUUUUGGGCCAAUGGGGGCCAACAGGACACGCCGAUUUCUACGUGAACGGAGGCUCGAGCCAACCUGGAUGCGCGACUACUUCUCUGCUCCAGACUUUGUCAUGCGACCACACAAAGGUGACGCCUUAUUACAUAGAAUCAAUCACGACGAAAGUAGGAUUCUGGGCAGCCCCGUGUGGAAAUCUUUUUUCCUACUUGAUCGGAUGGUGCAAACCCAAACAGGAGGAGUACAUUCUAAUGGGAGAAGACACCCCUCAUACAGCACGAGGCAUCUACUAUCUAUCAACAAACGGACACAAACCGUACGCCCGCGGUCUACCCGAAAAAAGUCAGCGAACGACAAGCCGGAAGCGAUCGUCCUACCGCCAGUAUUGA